CCCUUCGAACCCCCAAAAUUAGUGCGCCUGGUCCAGUUUUCAGAGUGAACCCAAAAGAAAAUGGCGUUUUCUUCUCUCAGAUUGAAAUCUCUUGCUCGAGCGCUCUCAUCAUCAACGUCUGCUUCUUCUGUUUCGUCUUCCAAGUCGAAACCGGUCCUUCCUCUAAGCUAUUGGCGCUUUUAUCCCAAAUCAUCUUCUUUUACUUCUGCUUCUGCAACAGAGAGUGAAAGACUCCGCGACGAUAACGGUGACGUCGUUCCUACCUCUGGAAUCAGCAGGCCCCUCUCUGAAAUACUUAAGGAGCUGAACAAGAAAGUCCCUGAUUCAUUAAUCAAAACUCGCGUUGAGAAAGAUGGGUUCCCUAUUAAAUACAUUCCCUGGCAUGUCGUCAACCGUAUUAUGAACUUACAUGCUGCUGAGUGGUCUGGUGAAGUUCGAAAUAUCAGCUACGGUGCUGAUGGCAAGACUGUCUCGGUAGUUUAUCGCGUGACCCUUUAUGGCACUGAUGCAGAGAUUUAUAGAGAGUCAACUGGUACUGCUGAAUUGGAUGACACAAGUUAUGGAGAUCCUUUACAGAAAGCAGAAGCUAUGGCUUUUCGUCGAGCUUGUGCACGCUUUGGGCUAGGGCUUUACCUUUAUCAUGAAGAUGCAUCAUAAUCAGUUGGUUCUGCCAUGUAAGUUCCAAUGGUUUGUGACUGCCAUUUAUAUCUUCUUUUGUAUGCAGUCUUCGUCUAUUAAUUGGAAGGGGAUCAUAUAUAUUGGGAUGGUAGUAAUAGGAAGCCGUUUUGUUUAUGGUCAUUUGAAAGUGGCCUCCACAAGCUUCCGUAGUAGCAAGCGGAAUUUUCCAGGUCAUCUAUCUUUUGGAUUCUUUGCAAUCAAUCUUUAGCAUUUGAUACUCGA